AUGGGACAACUACUAUGCUAUCCUGUUGAUAAAGCAUAUAAUAUCAAUGGAAAGAAGUACAUAUGCUCAAGAUUGUUGGCCGAAGGUGGAUUCUCUUUCGUCUACUUGGUCAAAGAUGCCUCGGGAAGAAGAUAUGCAUUGAAGUCAAUGCUAUGCCAAACAGCAGAGUCUGAACAGGUUGCAAAUAGGGAGAUACAGGUGUUUAAUAAGUUCAAUCAUCCGAAUAUAUUGAGAUUAAUUGAUCAUUCAGUUUGCAAGUCUCACAAGGUACAGGGUGCAAAGGAAUACAACAUGUUGAUGCCAUUCUAUAAGGAUGGUUCACUUCAAGAUGUAUUGGAUCGUCAGCGAACUGUAAAUGGAAAGGAUUACACCAUCAGUAUUUAUAAUGAGCACCAACUGCUCACUACAUUCCGUCAGAUAUUAGAUGCCAUCGCUCAGUUCCAUCAUUGUGAUCCACCUCUAGCUCACAGGGAUAUCAAGCCCGGCAAUGUAUUAUUAAGUGAUGAGAAGAAGCCAGUGUUGAUGGACUUUGGCUCGACUACACAGGCAAGGAUAAGGGUCACAUCAAGGAAACAAGCGUUGGAGGUACAGGAGGAAGCAGACCAACAUUCAACACCACUGUACAAGGCACCAGAGCUAUUUGAUGUGGCCUCAGAUUGUAAUCUGGACGAACGAACAGAUAUUUGGGCAUUGGGAUGUCUUCUCUAUGCAAUGUCAUUCAAUCGAUCACCUUUUGAAUCAUCAAUGGACAACAACUCUGGCAGUGUGGCACUGUCAGUUCUCAGUGGCAGAGUGGACAUCCCGGCCUCACAUUCCUUCUCCAACGAGCUCAUUCAACUGAUACGCAGCAUGCUGUCACUGAACCCUCAAGAGCGACCAUUCAUCGACAAUGUCAUUCAACAAGUGGAUGCGAUGCUUUAG